AUGUCGAACCACAGUGGGCAAAGCUACUUCGGAGGAGAGCCUGGACGGUACGAUAUGAUGCCGUACCAGCAACAGCACCCGCCGGCCCAUUACAACCCUCACGGCUAUCAACAGAUGCAACACCACAUGCAGUACAUGGGCGGACAAUUCCCUCCCCCUCCCCCUACAGAAGCACCGCAACCGUCAAAGACCCCCGCACCUGAGCCGCCACCAAAGGAGGACCCUGAGAAGAAGAAGCUUCAGCAAGAACUCGAACUCUUCAAAAAGAUGCAGGCUGAGAAGGAGGAACAGCAGAAGCAGAAAGAGCUGGAGGAGAAGCUCCGGAAGGAAGCAGAAGAGAACAUCAAGCGACGAAUGGAGGCCCUGAAGGAGGCCCAAGAGAUCGCCCAAAGGGAGAUUGAAAAGGCAAAGAUUGAGGCCGAAAAAGCUGCUAGAGAGGCUAUUGAGGCUGAACGCAAAGCCGAGGAGCAGAGACAAAAGCUUCACCAGGAAGCCAUGGCCAAGGUUGAGCGUGAAGCCAGGGAGAGGUUGGAACGCGAGUUGAAGGCCGAAGCUGAGCGUAAGAGGCUUGAGGAAGAGGCCCGCGUCAAGGCCGAAGCCGAAGCGAGACAACGGCUCAAGGAGGCAAUCCAGGCUGAGGCCGAUGCCAGAGCCAAGGCCGCCGAAGAGGCCGAAGCCAAGAGAAAGUGGGAGGACGACAUGCGCAAGAAGGCCGAAGACGAAGCCCGUGCCAAGAUGGAGGCCGAGAAGAAGGCAGCUGCCGAAGCUGCGGCGGCACAAGCAAAGCUCGAAGCCGAUCUCAAGGCAAAGGCUGAAGCCGACUGGAUAGCCAAGGUUGCGGCGGAGAAGAAAGCGGCGGAGGAGGCUGCGGCGGAGAAGAAGAGGUACGAGGAGGAGAUGAGGUUGAAGGCCGAAGCCGCAAUCGCUGCCGAGAAGAAAGCGGCCGAGGAGGCCGAAGCAGCCAAGAAGAAGUAUGAGGAGGAAAUGAAGGCCAAGGCCGAGUUCGAAGCCCGUACCAAAUUGGAGGCUGAGAAGAAGGCCGCCGAAGAGGCUGCUGCUGCCGCCGCUGCUGCCAAGAAGGCCGACGAGGAGCUCAAAAAGAAGUACACCGAAGAGGCCAAGGCCAAGUACGAGGCCGACAAAGACAAGGGCAAAGACAAAGCCCCCAUCAAGUUCAAGGAUGCCGUGGGCAGGAAAUUUAGCUUCCCCUUCCACUUGUGCUCAACCUGGACAGGUAUGGAGGAGCUCAUUAAGCAAGCUUUCAUUCACGUGGAUGUCAUCGGACCACAUGUACAAGAGGGUCACUACGACUUGAUUGGUCCCAAUGGAGAGAUCAUCUUGCCCCAGGUCUGGGACAAGGUGGUCGAGCCAGACUGGACCAUUGAGAUGCGAAUGUGGCCCAUGGAUAAGGCGCCUCCGCGCAUGCCUAUGCCGCCGCAUGGCAUGCCGCUCGACCCUGCCACCAGAGAGAGGAUGGCGCAUAUGGCAGGCAUGAGGCAACACGGGCAUGCUCGAAUGGGUAGCUUCCCUCCGGGUAUGGCUCCUCCAGGUGGCAGGCCCGCUGGCGGUGGCGGCCCACAGCCACCUCCGCCACCGGGCUGGGUCCCUCCCGGCGUACGUCCCGGCGGUCACGGCAUGCCUGCCAACGUCGUCACGGUUGAGCCCGGCAAGCCUAAGCACAAAUCCAAGCCCAAGGGCUCGAUGCUCAAUUUCUUGGCCGGCGGUGGCGGAAAGGCUCCCAAGAAGAAGUAA